AUGAGCUUCAUUGAGAAAGUCAAGGAAACUGCCGUCAACGCCAAGGACGGAGUCGUCGGAGCGUUCAACAACGCCGGCGAAAAGAUUGGCGAAUCAAUCUCUGGAGACAACGCCCAUAAGACCGGACAAGCGUUCAACGAAUCCAGUGAUUCUAAGAGAGCCAAGGCUCAGGAGUACGCGGAUGCUGCUAAGGCAAACGCUGAAAAGACCGCGGACAAGGCUAACGACGUCGCCAGACAAACUGGUGAGGAGAUCUCGGAUUCUUACGAAUCUGCCAAGCAUCUUGCCGGUGACGCUGCCGACAGUGCCAAGGAGAACGCUGGACGAGCUGCUGAUGCUGCCAAGGAAUACAAGGACAAGGCUGCAGAUAAGGCUUCAUCGAUGUUCGACAACUUCAAGGCUCAUGCCUCUGAUACCAAGGACUCGAUGGAGAACAAAGCUUCUGGUGCCUACAACUCUGCCAAGGACAAGGCUCACGAUGCCAAGGAGACCAUCUCUGACAAGGCUGGAGAAGCAUCGGACAAGGCCAAGUCGAUGACCGAAAAGGCUGGAGAUAAGAUCUCCGGAGCUUGGGAGGCCACCAAAGACAAGGCUCAAGACAUGGUUGAUUCCAUGAAGGGGCACGCCACCAACACCAAGGAUAGUGCCCAGAACAAGGCUGCCGAUGCCUACAACUCCGCCAAGGGAGCAGCUGGAGAUGCUUGGGAUGCCACCAAGGACAAGGCUGGAGAGAUGAAGGAGAAGGCCCAGGACAAGGCUGACGAUGCCAAGGACGAAGGAAAGUCUCUUACUGAGACCGUCGGAGACAAGAUCUCUGGAGCUUGGGAGGCCACCAAGGAAAGAGCUCAAGGUGUCGCUGACGCUUUCAAGGGUCAUGCUACCAACUCCAAGGAUCAGAUGGAGAACAAGGCCGCCGAUACCUACAACACUGCCAAGUACAAGGCUGCUGAUGCCUACGACGACGCCAAGGACAAGGCUGGAAAUGCCUGGGAGGCUACUAAGGAUAAGGCUGCUAACGCCAAGGAAGCAGCUGGAGACAAGGCUGAUGAGGCUUCCGAUAAGGCCAAAUCGAUGACCGAGAAGGCCGGAGACAAAAUCUCUGGUGCUUGGGAAGCUACCAAGGAAAAGGCUCAGGAUGUUGUCGACUCGUUCAAGGGUCACUCAACUGACACCAAGGAUAACGUCGAGAACAAGGCUGCUGACAUGUACAACUCUGCCAAAGACAAGGCUGGAAAUGCUUGGGAUGCAACCAAGGACAAGGCCCACAAUGCCAAGGAGGCUGCUGGCGACAAAGCCGACGAAGCUUCUGACAAAGCCAAAUCCAUGACCGAGAAGGCUGGAGACAAGAUCUCUGGAGCUUGGGAAGCAACCAAGGACAAGGCUCAAGACGUAGUCGAUUCCUUCAAGGGACACGCCACCAACACCAAGGAUAGUGCCCAAAACAAGGCCGCCGAUGCUUACAACUCGGCUAAGGACGCUGCAGGAGACGCUUGGGAUGCUACCAAGGACAAGGCCGAGGAGGUCAAGGACAAGGCUCAUGACAAGAAGGAGGACUACAAGGAGCGUUGCAGUGAGGCCAAGGACAGAGCCACUGGCCAACCUCACGGACCUCUCGAGACUGCCAAGGACAAGAUCUCCGGUGCUUGGGAAGCUACCAAAGACAAGGCUCAAGACGUUGUCGACUCGUUCAAGGGUCAUUCCACUGACGCCAAGGACAAUGUUGAGAACAAGGCCUCCGACAUGUACAAUUCCGCUAAGGACAAGGCCGGAAACGCUUGGGAUGCCACCAAGGAUAAGGCCCACAACGCCAAGGAGGUUGCUGGCGACAAAGCCGACGAAGCUUCUGACAAAGCCAAAUCCAUGACCGAGAAGGCUGGAGACAAAAUCUCUGGAGCUUGGGAGGCCACCAAGGAAAAGGCCCAGGACGUUGUCGAUUCCUUCAAGGGACACGCUACUGACUCCAAGGACAGUGCCCAAAACAAGGCCGCCGAUGCUUACAACAAGGCAAAGGACGCUGCUGAAGACGCUUGGGAUCACACCAAGAACAAGGCCGAGGAGGUUAAGGACAAGGCUGAGGACAAGAAGGACGACUACAAGGAGCGUUGUAGCGAGGCCAAGGAUAGAGCUCUUGGACAACCCCAUGGACCGAUCGAGACUGCCAAAGACAAGAUCGGAAAUGCUUGGGAAGCCACCAAGGAUGCCACUUCCAACGCUUGGGAGGCAACCAAGGACAAGGCUCAGGACGUAGCUGACUCGUUCAAGGGACAUUCUACCGACUGCAAGGACAAUGUCGAGAACAGACACUGUGACUCCUACAACUGUUCCAAGGGCAAGACUGAGGGAGCCAUCGAUGCAACCAAACAAAAGGCUGCUGAUGCUUGGGAUGCAACCAAAGACAAGGCCCAGGAGGCUAAGGACAAGGCUGCUGACUAUUGGGACUCUGCCAAGGAAAAGGCCGAUCUUGCCAAAGACAGAGCCACUGGCCAGCCACAUGGACCAUGGGAGACUGCCAAGGAUAAGGCUGAAACCGCUUGGGACAACACCAAGGACGGAGCUUCUGACGCCUGGGAGGCUACCAAGGACAAAGCCGACGACGCCAAAGACGAGGGCAAGUCCAUCACAGAGACUGUUGGAGACAAGAUCUCUGAUGCUUGGGAGGCUACCAAGGAGCGUGCUCAAGGAGUCGCCGAUGCUUUCAAGGGACAUGCUACCGAGGAGCAGGACUUCGAGGAGCCAACCUUCCACAAGUACUACAACGUCUUCAAUGCUUUCGAAUAA